AUGAGAGUCGCCGGAGCGUCAGGUGAUCCGUUUGCGAAGCGGAACAGUGUGCAGAGGGCACCUUUCAAGUCGAAAGCUUCUUUCAAGGAGAGGAAACAGCCGCGUGAUUCUCCUGAUUCACUCGACGAUGAAGGACUAGGAGACGUCGUGCCUGCGGCAUCCAACGCAUCGCGGAAAGACAAGAGGACCAGCGUCGACAAAGGCAAAAGCACGCCGGCUCGCAGUGUGUUGAAGGACAUUCGCAGCAGUCGGCUGCCCAAGAAGCUCCAGGUUCCGAACUUAGACUUCGACCGCUUCCUCCGGAUCAAGGAGCGAGAGCAUCAGGGUGCGGCAGUGCAUGACGUCAGGACGGCGAGAAGUGGAGUGUUGCGGUCCGUGCGGCUCGGCGCGCAGCCGGAGACCGAGGAGUGCAGCUUCGAGGACUUCGCCUUCUUCGAGAACAGCUUGCCUGCCGAGGAGACGCUUCCUUCCUUGACGAGUCCGAGUCCACGCCCAGGAAGCCGGCCUGGAACCGGAGCCGAGUCGCGGCAGAGCGCCCGGAAUCGGGAGGCACGGCUAAAGUUGCUGGAUGCCCAGCUAGAGAAGGAGCUGGAGGAAAAUCACGACGAGACCUUCGUUGCAGUGGCCCAGCGCGAGCAGCUCAAGCAGGAGUAUUGGCAGAAGUACAACGAGGCGGGCAGUGCCAAGAAGACCUUGAGCGAGUUUGAGGAGUGGCAGAGGCUGCUCCACGGAGGGAAAGCAGAGGUCUCGACGACGGCUCCAUCCGAAGUGGAGGACCUGGCCACGAGCCGGGUCUCCGGCCUGGAGCAGUCGGACUGGCGGAUCUCCCACCUCGGCUUUACGAGGCGGUCCGAGCAUGAGGAAUAUGUCUCGGACUACUAUCGCCGAUGCCGGGAGAGGCACUACAUACCUCUCGGCCCGCGUGGAAGCACCCCGAGACAGGCCAAGGGACAUGCGCAUGCUGUUGUGGACCCAGUGGCGGUGGAACCCGGAGUGUUGGACUUCGGAGGUUGGAGCCUCGGCUCCGACCGCCUGGACAUGCUCUGCCAG